CCCGACAGGCUGACAGCCUAGAUUGCUCCCCCGAACUUGCCUGACUUUUCCCUCUCCUCCCACCUAGUCAAAUCCCCCCAUUCGCGACGCGGAUGGGACGCCGGAGGCCCCAGCGAGCAUGCGCGACCAUCCCGAGCAUGCCCAGUAGCGCGCGCGGCGCCCCGGAGCUUCUCUCCGGAGCUGCGACCGACUCGGAGGUUUCCGCGGCUUCUGCGGCAGCGACGGGAAGUGAGGCGGCCGGGCCGGGCGGCCUCGGCGGCAGAAACAGAGGCGGAAGAGUCGCUGCGGCGACGACGUCGUCGACCCGGGUGACCGAGGGUGCUGAGCGCCGAGGGGACUCGCCCGCUCGGAAGCCGGAUCCCGAGCCGGGCAGGAUGGAUCAUCACCAGCCUGGGACUGGUCGCUACCAGGUGCUUCACAAUGAAGAGGAUAAUUCAGAAUCAUCUGCAGUAGAGCAGCCAUCAACUUCAGACCCAGUACCACAGACCAUGCAGGCUGCUUCUUCAGCAUCAGGACUUGAGGCUGACUCUUCUCCUCCACCUUAUAGUAGUAUUACCGUGGAAGUACCUACAACUUCAGAUACAGAAGUUUACAGUGACUUUUAUCCUGUGCCACCUCCCUACAGUGUUGCUACCUCCCUUCCUACGUAUGAUGAAGCUGAGAAGGCCAAAGCUGCUGCCAUAGCAGCCGCAGCAGCAGAAACAUCUCAAAGAAUUCAGGAGGAAGAAUGUCCACCAAGAGAUGACUUCAGUGAUGCAGACCAGCUCAGAGUGGGUAAUGAUGGGAUUUUCAUGCUGGCAUUUUUCAUGGCAUUUAUUUUCAACUGGCUUGGAUUUUGUUUAUCUUUCUGUAUCACCAAUACCAUAGCUGGAAGGUAUGGUGCCAUCUGUGGAUUUGGCCUUUCAUUGAUCAAGUGGAUUCUUAUUGUCAGGUUUUCUGAUUAUUUUACUGGAUAUUUCAAUGGACAAUAUUGGCUUUGGUGGAUAUUUCUUGUACUUGGCCUGCUUCUUUUCUUCAGAGGAUUUGUUAAUUACCUGAAAGUCAGAAACAUGUCUGAAAGUAUGGCAGCUGCUCAUAGAACAAGAUAUUUCUUCUUAUUAUAGAGGUUUCUUUCCUCCUGCUGGAAGAUGUCACAUUUUCUCUUUAACUGACUGCAUCGACCAGACAUUCCUUUCUUAUACCAAUGUGAAAUUUCCAGACCAUCUGUAAAUCUGCAACUUCAAUAGGAUAGAAGACUACUAAAAACGGAAGACAAAUUAGUGAAGAAAAGAUAGAGCUUCAAAAUUGAAUGGCAGAGUGGUUUAUGCUUAAAAGCCAUUUCUGUUCAUUCUCUUAAUAUUUCAUUUGCUUUGCGCAUUUGCAUAUGUGCCCAUUUAAAAGAUUUGCAUAUUCUUGAAAGAAACCAGAAACCGUAAAGUUGUAGCAGUAAAGUUUCGUCAUAUUUGAUUAGUGUUUGAUAUAAUUGAAAGAGUUGAGUGAUAAACAGUCUUCCAGCAUGUAAAUGUCAUUGACUUCUGACCUGACAUUUAGUAUAAUAAAAAUGAAAUGAUUAACCAUGUCACAUGCUUUAGUUUCUGGCUCUUAGAUUUAUCUAGUAACUCUGCACAUCCUUUGUUAUAUAUAAAAUUUUUUGAAACUUGCAGUGCUGAUUAUUAGAAAGCCUUUGUCAGAUUUUUGAACAUGAUAUUUACAUCAUUAUUUAGCAAAACGUUAUGUAAAUAACCAUGCAUAAAUUACUUUCUGCAUUGUUUUCUUAGAAAUUGUGUCUAGAUAUCUUUUCAUUAAUUUUAAAUUAAGUGGACUUAAUAUAUAUAGAAAAUUUUGCCGUCAAAGAUAGUUUGUUUUAGGACAAGUUUUAAGAAAAAUGUGGGUAUUCCUCAUGUCCUUUGUAAGAACAUCCUUUUUUUUUUUAAAGGGACAUGCCAAUUUUAGGAAUUCUCAAAUGAGAAGCUUGGUUUUCAGCCAUUGUCCAUCCUAGAUAUUCUUGCAGGCAGAAUUGUAUUAGAUAUUAUAUUUAUUUCAUUUAAGACUUUUUGAAAAUUAAUUUUCUGAAUAAGAUAUUCUCAUUUGCAUUUUGUCUUUUAAAAGGCCAAUAAAAGUAUCUUUCAAUAUCAUUGCAAUAUUUUUCUUCUUUAGAUGUUUAACUUAGGAAAGAAAAACUUGUGCUUUUAAAAGCUUCUUGCUUUAUGAUUGUAGGCUUAAAUUGUAAAAAUCAUUUCCUGAAUUGAGAUAUACAAAAUAUCUGUUUUCAAGUUAUGCAAAUGUGUCUGUGGGAUAUAGGGGUGUGAGUGUGGUUUGUGAGAGUGUGAGUAUGUAUUGUUACUGCUGGAAUCUGUUUUACAUUCAUAAGCUACUACAUUUUGCAAAUCAUUUUAUGUCUCAUCUGUUUUCUUUUCAGUUAUAUCUUUGCUUUUGAAUGCCAGCAUUAAAAAUGAUGGGAAUUAUAUCAUCUUUUAAACUUAAAAAUCAUUUAAUACAGCUAUAUAGAACUCAUAAAACUGAUUGCUUGUUUAUUAUUAGACACCGACUACUAAAAGGUACAUCUAAAACGAUUCAGGAUCACUUGUUCCAUUUCUGAACACAAAAUUUAUUACGCUUUAAAACUUCUUUUGUAUUUCUCUGUAUUUUCUUAUUUACUUCAUUGUCUUUGAUAAAUAAAACAUGCAGUUUUGUUUUGCUAA